AUGUCUACUGAGACUCCCUCAAAGCGAACCGUGUCGUGGAGCGACAGCACACGACCCGCGCCUGAGGACACCGACGCGCUGGUCUCACCACUAGCGAGCAUCCCCUCCCCAGCUCGUUUCGCUCUCGUUGUCUUCAGCAGCCUUAUUCUCAGCUCUGUUCUGUUCACAUUGACGUCCAGUUUCACUGUGGGCGACCUCGGACCCAUCAGCAGACAUCUGGAGGACUGGUGGGAAGUGGGGGGCUUGAUAGGCUGGAGAGCCAUUGAGGUCGGGCUGACCUGGGUGCUUGGAUAUGACGGCCGCGAUGCAGCAUCGUUCUUAUUCUUGACCCACCUGCCAACAUACACCCUCUUAUCAUUCUUCUACCACGUCCGUCCAACUUCAGCGCUGGCCGCCUUUGGAGUUACGCUCGUGUCAACCGUACUUCCCUUCGUGUUUUUGCGCCGACCAUCGUCUGUGCACGAUCUCUCGCAUACCCCGGCCGACGCGAUCCCCAACCGAGCUAUCCUGCAGGACAAAGUAACCACCUUUUCUACUACGCUUCUGGCGGCCUCGGUAUUUAGCGUUGUUCUCUACGCCAGCUUUGCCACUUGGCUGCCCGCGCGAUUGGUCGUGCACUUUGAGAGCCUCCCAGACAUCAGCGCUGCGCAUGCCGGCCCUGCGGGCUUGCCUGUGCUUUUGCUGACGCUGAUUCCAGCGGGCUGGGCCGCGCGCGACUUCUUGUUCGUCAGCUCCACUGGAUAUUCUGCAAAGGUCAAUCAGACCUCUUCAGCUUGCGAGGGAGAGUACUUGGUCGCUGCCAUCUACCGCGCCACCUGGGGAAAGCUGUCGAUCAAGACGAGAGUCUUGAUUUCUCGGUCUAUCAUUCUCACAUUCGGCAUCCUCCUCAACACCGUUGUUCAAGUGGCAGGCACGAUCCGUGACGUCUCCAUUGAAGGAGCAGCUACGUGGGGAUCGGUUUGGGCUGCAGCUGCAUUGAUCACAGGUGCAACCUUCGGCUGGGUUGAAGCCGUGGAUGGUGUAUGA